AUUCUUCAUGGUAUCAAGAGCAAAUCUCUAACGAGCCUUGUAUUCAUGUAUUUUUUCCCCGUCUCUUCCCUUCAUCAUCCUCACGAUGACCAUUUCGGAAACCACCACGGAAUAUUACCUGCGCCAAACACAAUAGUCCAAAAACGAAUGUCUGCACACCCUAAAACCAUACUCCUCAUUUGCGAACGUUUUUUGAGAGAGGAGAUUAGAGUCGCUCCUCCCAAGCCUAAAUCAGCCGGCAUCUCUGAAGAAUCCGACACUGUUUUUGUCGUUGUAGAAGGCUUUCUUUGCUCUGGAUGGAAGAAGGUCUAACGUGUAGUUGGUGAAUGACGAGGUGUUGAGGCUGGACUGUGCGAGGAAAUGGGCGAUGAAGUUCGUUUGACGUGGACGGUGAAGGAAGCUGGCCUGAGAGUUAACCAUCGCCAAUUGAAGCCUGACGAUUGGUUGCCUGAGGUAAGUCGGCACUCGAAUAGAUCCUUCGAUCAUCUAAAUGCAAACUUUGGAGUCGUUUUGAACCUGGGAUUUUUUGUGACCUUUUUCUUUGAUGAUGUGAAUCGAGGUGUCCCAUGGAUAGUAUUUCUGCUUGUAGCGGGUUGUGUGCCAUCAACGGGAACCCCAAAGGCCUGGAGCAGAUCUCCAUUGAACUUUCGGAGGAUGGCUCCUCCAGCCCCUAUUCCAUUUUUGAAGGCUGCGUCGGUGACUGCAGUUUGUUUUCAAAGCUCUGUAGGAUGUUGGUGCAGUGGGUGGGUCUGGUUAUGCCUUGGUGAAGAACAGCUCCUAUAUAAGUCAAUGGGAGUUAAUAAGCUGCCCGGUUACUGCUGUGUAUAGGUUGAUGAAACUCUGAAGGUUUCGGAUGGAGAAGGCCGAGCCAUUAAGGAAGAGGAUCACAUCAUCCGCGUAUCCAAGCUGGGAGACAGGACUGGGAUAAUUACCAAUAAGAUAGUGCUUUAUGAGGUUGUUAUCAUAUUGGUUUUGUAAAGCUCUUGUAAAACUUUCAGUUGCUAACAGGAAUAGGUAGGGGAAGGGGGUCCCCCUGUUUGACCCCCCUUCGUGGCUUGAAGAAGACAUGGGGUUGUCCGUUGACCAAG